CAUCAUUAGCACUGACAACAGGGAGUCAUAGACGUUAAUGGUGCCUGUGCAGCCAGGAUUUUUCCCACAGUUUGACAGCAUUUCUUCUUGUGUGUCCGUGCAUCAGUGUGAUUGCAGGUUCUUAGGCAGACAUGGGUAAACUACAGAGCAAGUUUCGCAAGAGGUCUGAGCUCUACAGGGCGUCUCAAGGGGAGAAGGCAGAUAAUACCUUUGACAGUCAAGUGGUGCAGUAUGAGCCUGCCCAUCAUGGAUCCGUCAACACUGUGACCAAUCUCAGCCCAGACCUGUGUGUUUCUGGUGGGACUGACCAGGCCGUGGUGGUGUAUGACUGGAAACAAGGCCGGAUGUGUCAGUCCUUCCAGGGUCACAACCGAGAGGUUACCAAGGUGGUUUGUUAUCCAGGUAGCACGUGGAUCUUCAGUGCCUCACGGGACAAGACGGUUCUGAUGUGGGACCUAAACCAGGGCGACGAACACAUUCAGGAAUUUUGUGGUCAUGAGCUGGUGGUCAAUGGACUUGCUGUCAGCCCUGAUGGGAGGAAGCUGUGCACCGGUUCUCGUGAUAAUUGGAUGUGUCUGUGGGAUAUAGAAUCUGCAAAAUGUGAACAGAGACACAACAUCUCUAGAAACCUGGUGACUCAUGUGUGUUGGGUGCCAGCCAGCUCCUCUGUAGUCCAGACCUCUGAGGAUAAGACCAUAAGGGUGUGGGACAGCCGUGCGUGGCAGGUGACCAACACUUUUCCAGCUAAGCAAUACAUCCAGACCCACUGUGACGUGUCUCCAAAUGGUCACUACUUGGUGUCCAGCAGCAACGGCUUCGGAGGACAGGGCUGUGAAGCCACGCUCUGGGACCUGCGUCAGCCUGGCUGUAAAGUAGUGGAGUACAGAGGCCAUCUCCAGACCACAGCCUGCUGCAUGUUUCUGCCCAUGACUCCUGGUGGCACAGCUCGGGUAGCAACAUCCUCCCACGACAGCUCGCUCAAAAUCUGGGAUCAGAAUACAGCAGUCUGUUUAGGGACGCUGUCUCUGGACGGUGCUGGCCCGCUGGUUUCUCUGACUCCCAAUGAUUCCACUACUCUGCUGUGUGCCAGCUUCAACACUGGCCUCCACCAAAUCCAAGUGGACCAGGGAUCACACCAGGCUCAGGGUUCUGGAGCAGGUUCAGGUGGUUCGGGAAGCCUGGACAUUAAAGUUGUGGCACGUUUCUGAUGGCCCGGAAGAGCCUGACCUGUGACUCAGGGAGCAGCAUCACUGGAUGUGGACAUCAUGUCUGUUCAUUUUUGUCUUUUUGUUUUUUUUUACUAUUUUACAUAUUUCUAUAGACUUUUUUUUUUGCUUCACUAGACUGCCAUACAGCGAGGAAUGACAGACGUGUGAGGAAAGUAGGAGAUGAUGUAUGGAAGUUACCCAUCAUGCCCACUCCUCUGGCGGACUUGUCGGCCAAACUACCUUUUAACUGAGGGGGAUAUAAACACCAAAAUGAUCAUGCUUGGAUUCGUGGCUGGACUUACCUUUGAGGGCCCCUGGGCAGGAAUUUCCUGUUGGGCCCCUGUUGCGGUAAUUUGAUAAAAUGACACCUAAUUUAGUGGCACGUAGUAUGUCAGCAAAUAGCCACAAAAUGAGCAAAUACUGCAGGUCCCAUCUUAGCUGAUAUCGUAAGUGGUGGUCUGGGGCCCGUAUUCAGCUUCCUGCUGUGCUUGGUCGGUCAUCCAGCCUCGCUUGGAGUUUUGCUUUGUUGGACUAAACAAGACAAACUGGAAUUUACAUCUGCUUCAGGUAGAUGGAACCAACUGGGUUGCAUUGCUUUUUCUGGUGUGCUGAAUACAGGUUCAGAGGACAUGCCCAAGGUGAUUUUGGAACAGAUGCUCAUUUGCUUGACAAAUUGAACUGCCCAAACCACCAAAGCCUCAAAAGCCCCAGAUUAAAUCUUGACGUCUGUUGGUGUUUUUUUGAUAAGUUAGUUGACUGCACAAGAACUUCAAGCACUCAAUUGCAGAAUCAACUAAGACAGACCCAAAACAAGGGGCAAAGAUGAAAAUUUGGACACAUUCUUAGAGCAGUAAAUUCAGUUAUUCAGCCCGGUGUUACUCAUCAUCGACCACGACAGAGAAUUGGAAUCCAACAGUAUCUAAUAGUUGUUUCCAGAAUAUUAUUUCAUAGAUACAUGCAGACUUUUGUUGUGAAGUCACCAAAACCGAGUGACCAGGAAGGUGUGUACGCUGAUGUUAUUGACUAGUGUGAACUGUAGCUUUAACCUGUCCAAUGUUAGACCAAAUGAAUAUCUGUGACACCAGAUUGUAUGAACAUACUGUGUUUUUAUGUAGAUUUCAACUGAUACAGAUUUUAAAGAUACAGAUUCUGAUAUUUUGAACAGAAGCUGCUAAUAGAUAUUUUGUGCUGAUAACCAAUAUAAUUUGAUUUCAAAAUUACUAUGCAAAAUACACAAGUAAUUCCCUUUUUUUUGAUAAAAUACUGUUUCGGUAAACAAAUGGAAAAUAAAGAUGCUCUGCAGCCUGUCGACGUAAAA